AUGGUUCCCUUGUCUGACUCGCAGCGGGAUCCUGGGCCAAGGGGCAGACAGAUGGACAGACAGCGAGCCUUCCACAUGGCCGAGCUGGAUCUGAUGGCUCCAGGGCCACUGCCCAGGGUCCCCGCUCACCCGCUGACCACGCUCAGCCCAGACUCUGGGUUGGCCAGCCCGGGGGAAGGAGAGGACAUGGGUCCCCCGGGGACCCCCCCGGAGGGGACAGUCUCUGCGUGGUACAACGUGAAUUUGAAACGUAGUGGAAGCUGGUGCAUGACGGAGACUGAGGGAGGGCUGCCUGGAUUAAGGAACGCAGACGCCAGGGCAAGUGCUGCCGUGUUUCCUUCCCCGCAGGAGUACUGCAAGUUCAAGAACGCGGAGGACUGCGCCUUCCCGAGUGUUUACAUCGGACUCAAGGACAAGCUCUCCGGCAUGCGCAAGGUCAUCGUGGACUCCACCGCGCACUUGAUCCAGCUGCUGCAGAGCUACAAGGAGAAGCUCCAGGAGAGCUCCAGGGAGGAGGAGUACGACAUCAGGACUCAGGUGUUGGCUGUCACUGAGCACAGACAUCGGACCUCGAAGCCCAAGCCCCGCACCAGACAGCAGUUCCUGCAGUGUAAGUUGGAGCUGCAGACACAGCCGUUUCACCAGCAGGGCAGUCGGCACGGCAGAGACGGCCUUGAGCUGGGAAGGCUGAAGACGGCUCCUCUAUUUUGGGGAGAGCUUCUGGCGAGGACUCGCUCUUGCCCUGGAGUCUCACGAAGCCACCCCAACGGUGCCCCUUUCUCCGGCUUCCCUCUAGAAGGGCAGUGGAAGAGUUCGCUCCAGUGCACUUCCAAGAUGAACAGACUGUUUUCUGGAAAAGCAAGGGUGUCCAAAGCAGGGUCGGCCCCUGACGGCCUGCCGGUGGACCUCCAUGCUGUCCGGGAGCUAUCGUCCGGGGUCAGCCGGUACCAGGACUUCAUCCGUCACCUGCCUGUCCACCUCUCCAAGCGUAUCCUAAGCAUGCUGGAUAAGAACAGCUUGAACAGGUGUGCGUCUGUGAGCCAGCACUGGGCGGCGCUGGUGCAGCAGGUCAAGGCGGACCUGUCAACGCACAACUUCAUCCAGCACCAGAUCGCCUUCCUACAGGUACUUCCUGUCUGGGAGGCGACAGCCUUGGACCAGCCUCACUGUCAAGCUGCCGCUAGUGACUACAACCUGUGGACCACAUACCAGAGCCAGGAAACUCAGCAGGUCCAGAUGGAGGAGAGGAAUGUCUUCUGCGGGACUUACAAUAUCCGCAUUCUCUCUGACACGUACUGGGAUCUGAAAAGUGGGGCUUGCAUAUGAAUCUUCAGUGGCCACCAGGGCACCAUCACGUGCAUGGAUGUGUAUAAGACCAGGCUUGUGUCUGGAGCAAAAGAUUGCCAGGUCAAAGAGUGGGAUAUCGAGACAGGGAGGUGCCUGAAGACCUUUAAACACAAAGACCCCAUCCUGGCCACCAGGAUCAAUGACACAUACAUUGUGAGCAGCUGUGAGAGAGGCGUGGUCAAGGUGUGGCACACCAUCACCGCCCAGCUGGUCAAGGUGAGAGGGCGGGCGGGUCAUGGGGUGGGGGCACCAGGAGUGAGGGACGGGAGGACACUGAUCAACUUCCUCCAGGUAGCGCCCCAGACCACCCUAGAGCAGCUGAGUACAGUCGCCAAAAGGGUGGUCCGGGGAAGGGGAAGUCUCCCUGCCCCCCAGGUAGGGGCCAUUCUGAGACUGGACAAAGCCACAACUGUCCUCCUCCUUACUCUCUCAUGAGAACAUUGACUGCCUCAAAAUUAUUAAA